UAUAUAUAUAUAUAUAUAUCAAACAGAACAAACUUAACAGAAAGAGUGUCCAAACAUGGCAGAGGGGAAAGGAAGGGUUUGUGUAACAGGAGGUACAGGUUUUCUUGGUUCAUGGAUUAUUAAGAGUCUUCUUGAAAAUGGAUACUCUGUUAAUACCACUGUUAGACCUGAUCCAGAACGUAAGAGGGAUCUUAGCUUCCUCACAAACCUUCCCGGUGCAUCCGAAAGGCUCCAUUUCUUCAACGCGGAUCUAAGCGACCCAGAAAGUUUCUCCGCAGCAGUCGAAGGCUGCGUCGGGGUAUUCCACACGGCAACACCAGUAGAUUUCGCUGUGAGCGAACCAGAAGAAAUAGUGACAAAAAGAACCGUGGACGGAGCAUUAGGAAUUUUAAAAGCAUGCGUAAAUUCAAAAACACUGAAGAGAUUCAUAUACACUUCAAGUGGCUCAGCUGUUUCAUUCAACGGCAAAGACAAAGAAGUGUUGGAUGAGACUGAUUGGAGUGAUGUUGGUUUGCUUAGAAGUGUUAAACCAUUUGGUUGGUCUUACUCAGUUUCAAAGACUUUGGCAGAAAAAGCAGUGCUUGAUUUCGGCCAACAAAAUGGGAUCGAUGUUGCUACUUUGAUUCUUCCUUUUAUUGUUGGUUCUUUCAUUUGUCCUAAGCUUCCUGAUUCUGUUGACAAAGCUCUUGUUUUGGUAUUAGGUAAAAAGGAACAAAUUGGUGUGACACGUUUUCAUAUGGUACAUGUUGACGAUGUAGCUAGAGCACAUAUAUAUCUACUUGAGAAUUCUGUUCCUGGAGGGAGAUACAAUUGUGCACCAUUCAUCGUAACUAUUGAAGAAAUGUCUCAACUUUUUUCAGCCAAAUAUCCAGAAUUUCAAAUUCUAUCAGUAGAUGAGUUGAAGGAAAUUAAAGGUGCAAGGUUAGCUGAAUUGAACUCGAAGAAACUCGUGGCUGCUGGUUUCGAGUUUAAGUACAGUGUUGAUGAUAUGUUUGAAGAUGCGAUUCAGUGUUGCAAGGAAAAAGGAUAUCUCUAAGUGUUGUGUUUGGAAGUUCAUGAUGUAAUAUGUUUUAGUUAUGAAAAGUUGAGAAAAUAAUAAAAUGCCUAAGAUCAAUGAUGAUGGUUUAGGAGAUGUAGUAUCAGGUUAUGCAUUAAGUUGUUUAUGUUGAAGAAACUGGAGAAAUGAUCAAUUUAUCUUUCUGAAUAUUUAAAUUAAUACUUUGUGAAAAUGAAAAUGAAGUUAAUUUGCAAUUGAA